UUCAACACACAACAACCAACGAAUUAUGAUGAAGUCUAAGUAAAUCUUGACUUAUUUUAAAUAAUUUCGCGUGUUUUAUUCAUUUAUGAAGCAAAACCAGCAUGAAACCGAGUGAUCCUGCUUUAUUUUUCGGAGCAUAGAUGUUUAACAAACAUGCAGCCAGUGAUCAUGUACAGUUUCUAUAUUACAGUGUUAUUACUGUGCUUUAGAUUAAAUCAUGUUUACAGUUUAAAUCUGAUAGAACUCACAGCUCAGGGUUUUAAUGAAACCAUGCAGUCUGGAAAAACAGUUCUCAUCUACUUCCACAAUCAGGAAGAUCCAGUUAUUCAGAAGUUCAUGGAGCAGUUAAAGUCGUCUGCUGAGGCGCUUCAGGAUUACGGUGUACUGGUAGCGAAGGUAGACUGCUCUAAGGAGAACAUACCAAAGUACUGCACGGAGGAAGACGUGAUGAGGAAGGCGUAUUUAUUCAGAGGUGCUGAGACGUUGAGGACGUUCGACGUGGAGACCAUAUUUGACGUGAACGCCAUCGUAUCUCACAUGCUGUUCACCCUGCUGUUUAACGAGGUUCGUUACGUCCACACGCCCGCCGAGCUGCUCCGGGUCGAGAGAGCGGCGAAGGGAAACGCCGACGUCGUGAUGGGACACAUCGACACGCUCGGACUCCCAGAGCAUCGGGCGUUAAUGGAGGCGGCGUUUGUGUACGGAGGAAAGUACCAGUUUGUGCAGACCACUGGAACCCCUCUCCUCAGACACAUGGGGAUCUCCGACUGUCCGUCCGUCCGGGCUCGUCUCUGGUUCCUCCACUGCAGCCGGACGUCCGGCGGAUCCGAACCGUGUCCACACACGCUGAUGAGGAAACCGCUGACCACCAUCAACGUCCACACCUUCCUGCAACUGAUGGAGGCGCCACUGCUGACGGAGGUGGACGAGGACCCCGAGCGGGUGGACGUGAUCUACACCCGGCUGAACGUCCCGGUGCUGUUCCUGUUCUCUCACGCCGAGACGCUGCACAUGGACCGGACCACGGCUCUGAACCUGGCCUCCAGGCUACAGGGGGAGAUCGGCCUCGUCCUGAUCCACAGGGACAGUCCUGGCGUUAAAACUCCACCUCGAUAUAACGCCGCAUAUCGACUCCCACAGCAGGAAGUGAAGUAUUUCAGUCUGAAGAACGUGGAGGAGGUUGUUAGUCUGAUCAGAGGAGAACGGUUUCAGGAGGUGGAGGAUGAGGAGGAUGAAGAGGAUCAUGAUGAGCGCUGGACUUCUUUAGAUGUGCUGGACGAUGAGGUGGCGGAGUCGGUGUACAGGGACAGAGGGGCGGAGCUGGACACGGAGCCUGACUCCGGACUCACCGCGGAGACGUUCAGCGCUGCAGUAGCGCAGGACGGCCUCACGGUGGUGCUGUUCUACGUCAAAUGGGACGCGGCGUCCAUGGCGUUCCUGCAGUCGUACGCCGAGGUCGCCGAGGCUCUGGAAGGUGUAAACGACGUGGCGCUGGCGUCAGUAGACUGUGGCGAGUGGACGUGUGUGUGCCGGGACCAAAACAUCACCUCGUUCCCCUCCGUCCGCCUGUUCCGCCCCGGCGCGCACCCCCAGCCCUACAGAGGCAUGAUGGGUACCGACAGCCUGUACAGGUUCCUACUACUGAGUCGUCUCCCCGCCCCCGUCCCUCUGUCCUCCUCGGCUGAAGUGUCGUCGUUCCUGGAUGGAGAACCGUACCUGGAACACUCGUCUCUCUCGCCCGUCCGAGUGCUCGGCCUCUUCUCGCCCGAUGACCCAGACGUGCUCGUUCUCGAGGAGGCCGUGACGUCUUUACGAGGAGAGACGAUCCUGGGACUGUUCGCUCACCAAGAGGCUGAAAAAUGGGCUCAGGAGCACUCUGUGACGCUUCCUGCUCUUCUGGUGUCUCGUGGACCUGGAAUUCAGCGAGAAGCUCGAUCACUCCUCACGUCCACCGCCGAGGAGACGAUCUCACAGAUGAGGAGAGCGACGCUCGACCCGCUGCCGGAGCUGACGAUGGAGAACCUGCCGCUGUACCUGGAGCUGGGGAAGCCGCUGCUGCUGCUGUUUUUAGGAGGAGAAGAAGGUCAGGAGAUGUUCCAGGUUCUGGAGGAGAUCAGGAGAGUGCAGAGGUCUGGAGAACUGGACACGUCACUACCCUGCUGGAUCCACCUGGGUCGUACGCCCGCCGGGAGGUCCGUUUUGGAGACGUAUCUCGGUUUCGUCCCUCCACUCCCGGCUCUGGUGCUCUCAGAGCUGAGUUCCGGUGGAGAGGUGUACCAGUUCCCCUCAGAGCGCCCCCUUCUGUCCGAAAACAUCAUCCAGUGGCUGCGGCGAGUCGAAGGCGGAGGGGAACAGGCUGCAGGUGUGAUUCCUGAUGAGGCGUGGCCUCCUCCUGUGCCGUUUUACGAUUUUCUAGCCAUCAUGGACGAGGAGGCGCCAGGAUUCGCCUCUCAGCAGAGCUCGAAAUCCAAGACCGGGGGUAAGACUGGGCAGGAUAUGGAGAAGAAGAGAACUGGUGCUGAACGAGAAGAAGCUUUGAAACCUGAAACGUCUCCACGUCAUACUGAGCUGUAGAGUCACACAGGACUGGGACUCACAAACUGGGACUCACAGAACUGAGACUCGCACAGGACUGGGACUCAAGUUGGAACUCACAGACUGGGACUCGCACUGGCCUAGGACUACAUACUGGGACUUGCACAGGACUGGGACUCACAUGUAACUGGGACUCACAGACUGAGACUUGCACAGGACUGGGACUCACACAUAACUGGGACUCACAGACUGGGACUCACACAGGACUGGGACUUACACAGGACUGGGACUCGCACAGAAAUGGGACUCACACAUAACUGGGACUCACAGACUGGGACUCACACAGGACUGGGACUUACACAGGACUGGGACUCGCACAGAAAUGGGACUCACACAGGACUGAGAUUCUAAGACUGGGACUCACACAGGACUGAAACUCACAGAUUUAGACUCACACAGGACUGGGACUCACACAUGACUGGGACUCACCAAGAAAUGGGACUUGCACAGAAAUAGGACUCACACAGGACUGGGACUCACAGAUUGGGACUCACUCACAACUGGGACUCAGCAGGUCGAAUCCCAAAUGGCUUCAAUCAACUACAUACACACUAUAGCCAAAAGUAUGUGGACACCCUGUCUAAUAACUGAGUGCAGGUGGUUCAGUCACACCAGUUUCAGGAUUAUGUAAAUAAAUCAAAUGUAAAUAAAACGUUGUUAGAUGAG